AUGAGUGAAUCCCCAGUCAAGCUCUCCAAAGGCACUGUGCCAACCAAGGACACAAAAAUCAUCCUUGCAGGUGCUGUCAAGGUACCACCCAUCGCUAUCGGUUGCUGGCAAUGGGGCGACAAAGGAGUAUGGAAUUGGACGCCUGAAGCAGAACAGGAUGCCAAGGAGGCAUUUGAUGCGGCAUUCCAGCUUGGUAUUCCUUUCUAUGACACGGCUGAGGUCUAUGGUAAAGGAGAAUCGGAACGUGAGAUUUCAAGAUUUCGAGAAGCAUACAGCGAGGAUGACCAGAAGAAGCAAGUGAUCGCUACAAAGUAUUUCCCCAACCAGGAUCACACAGACUUUCCAGAUGUGUUAUUGUCUGCUCUUCGUGAUUCGUUGGCACGUUUGGGUAUACAAAAGGCCGAUUUGUACCAGAUUCAUGCACCUAUACAUCCAGCAUCCAUUGCCACUGUUGCCAAUGCAUUAGCCGAUGCACAUGAAGCUGGCCUUGUCACCACUGUUGGCGUAUCCAAUUAUGGUCUUGAUGAGAUUAAAGAGAUGCAUGAUGCACUCAAGAAACGCGGCAUUCAACUUGCUUCCAACCAAGUCUCGUUCUCGCUUGUUCGCACUAUUCCAGAAAAGUCGGGACUAAUUCAACUUUGUCACGACCUCGGGAUUGCUAUCCUCGCCUAUUCUCCUAUUGGUAUGGGCUUGCUGACAGGCAAGUUUGGUGUGAAUGGCCCCUUCCCCGAAGCUCGUAAAGGACAUUGGGAAAAACUGGACAAGGAACAACUUGGUAACUUGCUCAACACUAUCCAAGAGCUGGCAACGAAAUACAGUCGUGAACCCAGUGCUAUUGCUCUCAACUGGUGCAUUGCCAAAGGUACCAUUCCAUUGGCUGGUGCUCGUACUGCACAACACGUGUAUCAAAAUGAAGCUGCCUUGGGCUUCCUCUUGUCCGACGAUGAGAUUAGUCAAUUGGAUCAAUACGCGUUUGUAGGUGAAAACAACAACCGCUGGAACCAUGGUUAA